AUUAAAAUAAACAGGCAACGCGGAUUGACUCGGCCCGUCUGAUGUAGCAAUAAAAUGAAACACUAUCAUUCCGAUGCUACAUUGCGAGGAGCACAGUUCUCGAACGGUAAAAUGAGUCCACUGAUAAUUCUGCUCUCUGCCGUGGCCGCCACCAUUAUGGCAUCGCCUACUUCGAUCGAUUUAAGCUGUUCGGCACACGAUCCGGAUCACUCAUGCUGCAUUCACAGCGUUGUUCUGGAUUCGAAGAAUUCCGAGCGGUACAGUUUCCCGCAGGAAGCAGCCAUCCAUCUGGAAAACUGUACUAUUGAUAAUUUUUCCCCGGAACUUGCAACCAGGUUGUCGGAUGCAACCACAGAGCUGUCCAUUUUGGAUGGAUCUUGCCCCAAGGUGUACGUGAAACCGGGUUUGAAGUCCUUCACUAGUUUGCGCUGUGGAACCGUUGAUGUCGUCAUCGAUCCAGUUGAAAACAAUGAGCUGGAGUUACUGGAUUUGGCCGGGUUGCUAAACGAUAUCCCGACUAAUGUGCAAUACUUUAAAAAACUAGCGGUGUUGGAUUUGUGCGAGAAUCAAAUAGAACAUGUCAGGUUGGAUCAACUCCAGGGAUUGCAUCGGCUUCGAAAGUUGAACUUGGGUCAUAAUAAGAUCAAAAGUGUCAGUUUGUCAAAAGAAUUGAGUCUUCCCGCAUUGACCGAACUGUUUUUGCAUGGAAAUGAACUGAUGGAAUUGGACUUGACUCAUUUGGAGGCGCCUAAUCUGGAACGGUUGUAUGUGUCGGAGAAUCAACUCUUGCGAAUCGAUGGUUUUCCGCAACGUUUCAACAAACUGAUCCGUACAGAUUUGUACUCCAACAAGUGGAACUGUAGCUGGUUGAAGGAAACGUUACCGUUUCUAGACGGUACUAAGGUGGAAACUUUAAGCUUCCUGCCGGCGAAGGUGUGCGAUGAAACCGGGACGGUUAAGGUGCAUGCGAUUGAAUGUGAGGGGAAAUAGGGCCUAACUUCGCAUUGCUGGUCAUGUUUACGGUUCGGAACGGAGUAUGGAUAAGACGGCGGUGGAACUGGUGGGCAUUAUUUUGUAUCAGGUUGAUGAAAUGUACUUGAUUUGUAAAAUAAUUCAUGAUAAUGUUCCGAAACGUUUGUAAAAACGUAGUGUUUUACUUGCUUUGUUAUGAUUCAUAAUUGAAUACAUAAUCUUGACCAAUUAUUGAAUCGUAAAUUCUCAUCCUCAAA